AUGUAUGUGGUUGAUUUUAAAUUCAUCGGCUACAAUCUCGUUAUUAGUGUUUGAAGAGGCCACAUACUCUUUUUGAGACUCGCCUGAUUCUGCAUUAAUACCUCAAGAAGUACUUGGCAUCAUGAUGGAACAGGCUACCUUCAGGCAGGAUGAUGACCUCAGAUUCCUUCAGGAUGACCUCCGGAAUCGAGGCAAUGGCUUGAGCAAGGCUUGGGCCGACUUGUUUUCCUUGCUUACUACCUAUCAAGCUCGCCUGAUGGUCAAAGAGAACCAGCUGGACAUAUCGGAGAAACAAAUUCAAUCGAAAAGAAAGCAAUUGGCAAUGUUAAAGGAUGGUGUACCUCUUCCGUCUUCUUAUGAAAGACUUCAGGACCAGUGCGAAAUCAAGGAUCAGCUUCUAUCGAAGUGUGAGACAGAGUUGCUAAAUGCCACUCAAAUGCUUCAGAGUGUACAAGCCGAACUUAGUAGUCAAGCUGAACAUCUAGAAAAAGUGACCUCAGAAAAACUUGAAAAGGAGGACAUGAUUUUGCAGUAUCAAAAUAGAAUCGCCCGACUUGAAUCUGAUCUCCAAGUCAAAGAAGAAGAGAGUGAAAUCAAAGAUAGACUUAUUCAAAAAUUACAAGCUGAGAAUCUGAGUGAAUCAUCAAAUAUGGCUGAUGCAAACACUGGGGCAGCAAGAUUGAAGGAAUUAUUUGAUAUGCAGACAAAGACAUUGGAUGAUGAGAGGGACGCCCAUAAAGAAACAAGGCGCAAGCUUCAGAUUCAUCAGCGAUAUGGUUCAGUGACCUCUGCCAAAAUGCAAGUGCCCUUGUUCCAUUCUGUUGGAGCACCAGAAAUGGCGACAUCAACUUCUGACUACCAAUACACUGGGUUCACAUCACUAAAUGAGCCAACCAGCAAUCAGGCAGUUUGUCGGAAAGUACAAGAUCAGCAUGAUAGUAAUACAGAAAGAACUCAAUCACUCGAUGCAAAACUUGACAAGGCCAUGGCCUUGUACAAUGAGUCCUACUCGAUCACUAAAAAUCAAGACUGGAGACCCCAGACUUCGACACCGCAGCAUACCCGUAAAUAUCCGGACCCAAGUCAACUAAACUGUGACGGAAACCCUGCGAUUUGUGGACAAGAUGCCAUUACUGCAGCACUCCAGAUGCCUGUGCCAGUUUCAGAUCCAGUACCAAGUACGUCUUUAUUGCGGAUAGCUGCAGAGGAAGCUGGACAACAAUCCGAGGCUCUCAGAACACGCAAUAAGGGUCCGAGAGGUUUGAACAAUGCAUACGAUUUAGCAACAUUGGAAAUUGCCAUGACGAAAGUGAAAACAGGUGAAAUGUCACUUCGGAAGGCUGCAAAAAUUUAUAACGUACCUAAAACAACACUGGGUACAUAUGUCAAGGAGUUGAAGAAACCGGGAGGACGUCAUGGUCGAGGUGGAUGUAUAUCUUUGGAGGACGAGCGUGAGGUCAUCAAACUGAGCCUUGAGUACACUGAAAAAGGACUGAAGUUUGGCAGGAAGGAAUUGUUAAAUUUAUUGGCACAAUACUUCGAUUCGAAGCAGAUGCCGAAUCCUUUCAAGUGUGGGUUACCUGGUAAAGACUGGUGGUUGAACGUGCGCAAAAGACACCCAGAUUUGAUCAAGAUAAAAUCGAAAGCGCCGAACAAGAGUCUUGCUGUUAAAAUGCAAUACGUGAAUGAGUCGAACACAAGUGCCAGUGAACUUAAUACAGUAAAGGAUGAAUUUGACUUGAGUGUCUCGAUGAAUGAGAGUAGAAAUUCUGUAGGUUUUGGUUUGGAUGUUUUACAGAUGGCAGCUAGGACGGGGGUGGGUAACUCUGGAUUGUCUUCACAAGGGAUUUAUGGCCCACUCAUGAACUCAAACAUGGAUGAAUGAUGUAUGGACUACUUUGAUGACAAUCUUUACAGGUUGGGCUGCAUGUUUACGACCAGUGCCAGAUAGUACAAUGGUUGCUUCAAGACAUUUUAUCCUGGCGUGGUAAGAGACUCCAAUCACCAAUAAAAUGAGGUUUGAGUGUAGUUAGUCUGAUGUUCAGUCCUUGAUCAGUACCAUGUGCACAUAUAACUGGUUGUCAUUGUGCAUCAGCCUUAUGCAUUGUGACAUCACCAAUCUUCUAAUUUUAUACCUGAAUGUUCAUGCCACUGUCAAAUGUUUGAUCACAAUCAAAUAAAUAAUCAU